UGGAGCUUUUUGGACUUCGAAUUUGCUCUGCUUCGUUUUUGCUUCGAUUCCAACGUCUCGCAGUGUGCUGGGGCAUCAUCCCCUUUACGAUUGAAUGCGCACAAGAGCUCAAGCGCGAGGUCACCAUGAGGACUCCUUUGAAGGAUCGGGUGCAGUCGCCCGGGUACGCCCUUUUGCUCACGCCCAACGACGAUGAGGAGGAGCGUGCGCAGGUGCGCAGAGCCAGAGCAGCCGCGCUGCGUCGCAAGUCCGGCAUCGGCGGUGACAUCUUGGCGGCCUUCUCCUCCGUGGCCGCACCCGAGGAGUCCAGUGUGCUCAGUCGGGAGCAUAUCCUGGAGCUCCACAACAAUUGUAUCAAGCUCGCCGCGGAGAAUAAAAUCACGCAGCGCAAUACCUGGGAUCUGAAGUUGAUCGAUCACCUUAGUGCUCUUGUUCAAGGAGAUGAUGAUGAAGAUGAUCAAACCAACUUUCAGAAGGCGAGCUGCACGUUGGAAGCAGGUGUCAAAAUUUAUUCUACGAGAGUGGAUUCGGUGCAUUCCGAGACAUACAAAGUGCUGGGUGGUCUUAACCGUACAUCUGGAGAUGAUAACGGUCAAGCUGAGGAUGGGAAUGUAGAUGGUCAACAAGCUGCAAACAACGGAGAGGAGCCCAGAAAGGGUUCCAGCAAGAAAAGUGGAAGCCAUUCCAGUACGUUGGAGGCAUCAUUUGAUUCUCUCAACAUCAAGAAAUUCGAUGUGGCUUUUACUGUGGACCCAUUAUUUCAGCAAACAUCAGCGCAAUUUGAUGAAGGUGGAGCGAAAGGUCUUCUUCUUAAUACACUUUCCGUGUAUCAAGGAUGUGAGAUCGUGUUUGAUUCUUGGGAGGUACCUGAGAAAAGCAUGUUGGCUCAAGCUAAGAAUGAUUCUGAGCGGCACGCUUCUGUAAACCUAUCGUUCAUGAAAGAUAGUAUUGAUGCGAUGCUGGAGCGUUUACUCGAGGAGAAAGAGAUCUCGCCGUCUUUAGACGAUAUCGUCAAAAUGUUAAACGAUCCCUAUCGGACGUCAACCCUGGCUGAAGCUUCCAAGCAGUCCUCUGAUUUUUCUGAGGAUGAAGAAAUAAACUCACCUUGGCAAUAUGGAGAUGCCGGGGAAGAUUAUGACAACGACGCUGAGGAAGCUUUUGACCUUGGAGGUUCUAACGGGUACCAAGAAGGAAAUUAUCUGGAUGGAGCGUUUGAUGCAGUGGAUGAUGACAUUGGCGUGGAUCCAAUGCCUGGGUUAGGUCCUGACUUGGAAGACGAGGAGGGAGUUGCGGGAGGAGAAAUGGAGUACACUGAGGAUGGGAAUGUCGUCAGCCACUCAGCUGUUGAUUGGAUGAACGCUGGCUUCGGCUUAUUAGACAAGUCCAAUGCUUGGGCCGGACCUGAUCAUUGGAAAUACAGGAACCCUCGAGACGGCCAUCGUGGACAGACUGGAGAUGAAAAUCCGAGCUCAACUAAAGUGAAAAGAAAGAAACGCCAACCUUUCGUGCUUGAUUUCGAGAAUCCUCCGGAGAUAGACAUGUCACUUUUCAAUCGUGCUCAGGACCUUCGUUCUACGCUUCUCGUGCAACGCGGUGUUGCUUUCAAUGGCCUUCUCCCAGAGGAUGUCCAUUAUGAAGCUUUGAAUCUUGUACACCUUUUUCUUCGCCCUUCUAUUUUGUGUAUCUGGAAGAGAGAAAAUCAAAUUACAGAUGGACACAAACAGAGUGAUCUUUCUGGUCUGUCCGGGCAGGACUAUGGAUAUGAUUCUGGAAAUGACUGUGGAAUGGACGGUUUUCAUGGUGACUGGCCUGGUGACGAUGGUGAUGGUGAUGGUGAUGUCGAGGACCCGUUUGGCACUGAUCUGGUUGCUGUUCCGCGCAAGAUUCAGAAAGUUGAUGUGAAUUACGACAAAACAUCAAAACAAGUCGACGUGCGUAUUUUGAAAGAAUCACUUUGGUCCCAUCUUCAGGAUAUUCAGGCUGCCACUGACGAAGAUGAGCCUGAAAAGGAACCCGCUGGUGUUCCUUUCCAAAAUCUGCUGAACGUCAUCCCUGAAGACUGUGCUGCUGCUGAGCGCGAGGAUAUUUCUGUGCAAUUGUGUUUCAUUUGCCUUCUCCACUUGGCAAACGAGCAUAAUCUGCGCAUCGUGGAUUGCCCUACAAUGGACGAUCUGCAGAUUUUUCAAGCCUAAGUCGGAGCCAUGCUUUCAGGAGUGCUUCUAAAAUUGGGUGUCAAAUUGUCAGAUACUUUUAGCUGUACAGAGCAUCAGGUGUUCGUGAUCCCCUACACACCCCUGAUUUUCGCAAAUGUUCAUUAUGGUGUAAUUUUCAUAGGAUUUGGAUGCAGUCCACCAUCCAACUUGAAGCGUACCAUGUGUACGCUUUCUCACUGCAGUGUUUUUAAUGUUAAGGUUUAGGAAAAUCUUCCUCCUGACACUGAUUUUGUUUCUAGUUAACAGAAAUAAAUUGCGAGAGUAUUAUGGUCUCGAAAGUAUUAACUUGUUUUCUUAA